AUGGUCUUCUACUUUGCCCUGAGGAUCGCGCACUUGUUACCUUCUCAACUUGAUGCGCCAAAGCCCGAUACAGACAUUGAACAACACGGAGACAACAACAACUCUCAGGUUAACCAUCUUGACGAGCCUCUGAUACCCAACGAACCUCCCCCCGGGGAAUUACUAAGCAACGGCUCGACUGCCUUUGUCACGCGAAUAAAAUAUGGUCUUGUUCUAAAGACUCCCCGCUAUUCCUGGUGGCAUUUGUCCGCUGAACCGACUCGUGAUCUUGUCAAGGACAUCAAGAAAAGCUUUGAGGUUGAGGAGCAGAUCCUCCAAAUCCUAGGCCCACACCCUAGGGUUAUACCAUUUCUUGGUGUUUCACACAACCCUCGAGGGUUGCAGUUCGCUGAAGCUAAUGGCGGAAACCUCCAGGCCUUCCUCGACCAGCAUAUUGGCACGACUAGUCCAGCCUUACGCUUAAAAUGGUGCUCACAAGCCGCAGAAGCCGUUUGCUUUAUUCACCAGAAAGGUGUUAUACACUCAGAUCUACGAGUUGAGAACUUCCUAUUGCACAACAGUGACCUUUUACUCUGUGAUUUCGGCGGCUCCGCGAGUGGGACCAUAGAUGGGGGACAUCUACCUGAUUCCGGCUUUUUCAAUCCAAGCAAACCUUGGGUUUCAACUAAGGCAACAGAUAUCUUCAGCCUAGGCUCGGUUUUCUACACGAUUAUGACAGACCAUUGGCCUUACCGAUCGCCUGGCCAAUUCACGUCUGUGGAAGACAAAUUAUCUUACUGCGACAUGGUUGAUAAUCUCUUCUCAUCAAACAAUUUCCCCCCAACUGAAGAGUUGGUCGGCGGCUCUGUCAUGAAGGGAUGCUGGUUGGAACAAUACAAGAGUGUGGAGGAAAUAAUUCAUGACCUGGUCUCUUUAAUUCGAAUAUAG